AUGGCGGAACAUAAAAAAAUAAUAAUUUUUGUAAGGUACCUGACGUACACAGAAUGGACGACUCUUUACGGAGGAAAAAAGUCGGGUGAGAAUUCCGAGACCAGUGAAGAUUCAACCUUCCGAAGAUUGCCUUUCAAUCAUUGUUGUGUCAGCUUACAACCAUUUGAACACCCUUAUUGCGACCCCGAAGGCAAUGUUUUUGAAUUAGAACCGAUAUUAACCUAUGUAAAACAUUUUAAACAUAAUCCUGUAACAGGAAAGCCGUUUGAUGUUAAAAAACUUAUCAAGUUGAAUUUUGCUAAAAAUUCUGCUGGAGAGUAUCACUGCCCUGUACUUUUCAAAGUUUUUUCAAAGUUCUCGCAUAUUGUCGCGGUAAAAACAACUGGAAAUGUUUUCUCUUGGGAAGCUGUUGAGCAGUUGAAUAUUAAAACAAGAAAUUGGAAGGAUUUAAUUAAUGACCAGCCAUUUACUCGCGCUGAUCUUAUUACUAUCCAAAAUCCUACCGAUGCUAGUAAAUUUAAUUUAUCUAGAUUUCAUCAUAUUAAAAAUAAUUUGAGGGUUGAAGAUGAAGAAACUAUUAGAGAACGUAAUGAUCCAAAUGCUAAACUUAAGACAGUCUCAGCAGAGACAAGUGAUAUAUUGGCAGAGCUUGAGAGGGAUUAUAAACCUCCUGAGCAAAAAGAAAAAACUGUAAAAGCCACAGCUGAUAAAUUUAAUGCGGCUCAUUACUCAACUGGUGCAGUAGCAGCAGGUUUUACUUCAACAGUUAUGCCAAGAGAAACAGUUCAUCAAGCAGCAAUUAUAGCUGAUGACUUAGUUAGAUACGAGAGAGUUAAAAAGAAAGGAUAUGUGAGAUUAGUUACGAAUUUUGGCACGCUUAAUCUUGAACUUCAUUGCGAUAUAGUACCAAAAACCUGUGAAAAUUUUCUUAAACAUUGUCAAACUGGUGGAGAUCCUACUAACACUGGUAAUGGCGGAAAAUCUAUUUGGGAUGCACCUUUUCCCGAUGAAUUUAAACCAAAUUUAACUCACCAGGGAAGAGGUAUUCUUUCUAUGGCAAAUUCCGGACCAGAUACGAAUGGAUCACAAUUUUUUAUAACCUUCCGGUCGUGUCGACAUUUAGAUCGCAAGCAUACAGUUUUUGGGAAAAUUGUUGGUGGCUUGGAUACUUUAAAUGCUAUGGAAAAAAUAGAAGUUGAUAAUAAAGAUCGACCUAUUGAAGAUAUUAUAAUUCUUCGCGCAAACGUUUUUGUGGAUCCUUUUCAAGAAGCUGAUGAACAAUUAGCAGCUGAAAGAGCAGCUGAGUUAGAAAAAGCUGCUCAAGAAGCUAAAAAUAAAUUAGCGAUUAACAAAAAUAAAGAACAAAAAAAUGUUUUAAAGGCUUAUCAUUCUGGUGUUGGAAAAUUUAUAAAUAUUGCUAAAGAAACAGAAGUUGUGGAGUCAAAUGCUCCAGUUAAGAAGAAAAAAAAAUUGACAUCUUCUGCCGGAAAUUUUUCAUCGUGGUAA